ACAUGACGGCAAAGUUUCCGUUUUUGCAAACAAAAAAGAACCAGCCCCUCUGAGAAACAGCACAGAAAGUGUUUGUGGGUGCUCUGCUCCUCUUGGAUUUGACCACAUGUGAUUUGCCUUUCUGUUCAUUUAUGCCAUGGCUGCAAAUGAAAAUGACAAGGACAUUUCAUGGAUACAAGAAAUGAUAGACGUUGAGGAACUGACCCUGGCCUUCUGCUUAUCAAUGCUGGUUGGUCUUCUGAUUGGAAUCCUGAUUUUCAUCUUCCUGACGUGGAUGUCCAGGCGCAGAGCCUCAGUAAGGAUUACCACACGUCCUAAUCGAUGGUUAAGAGCUGCCAGGUCUCGCAAUCUCCAUGGUCAGAUGGGUCUCUACAGCAGUAAUGGCUUCAACCUAAACGAGAGCACAGGCAGAGCCACGUUAAAUCUUCACAGACAGACAUCUGUUGACCCUAAUGAACUGCUGGGCCGCAGCCCCAGCUUCCAAGCUUCCACCUUUCGGCCACCGCCGAAGAAGGGCAGCAAUGGAUCAGAGGACGAGAGCGAAACUGCACUGCUUCAUAAUUCCACUGGCACCAACUCAGCGGUGACAGAUCCUUACAGCAUGGGCCAAUCAGAGUCCUUUUGGUUGGGGAAAGGCAGUCUCAGAGGCUACCUCCCUACACAAACCCCUCCACCUGCAUAUGACAGUGUUAUUCAUAUGUUUCAGGAAACUCACACCUGAUUGUACUGUGUGACAAGAGACUUGAGCAUUUGCGAAGGAGUGCUGAUGGAGUUCAUUUGUGCAUGAGUGCAUUUUUACUUUUCUGCAUCAUUUGAGCUCAGUAGAUGUCCUUUACAUUGUGUGAAAACUUCAUGAUGAUUGGAGCAAUAGAAAUGCUCCAAAAUUGCUUAGAAUAAAAACUUCUCCCAUUAACUUACAUUGAAAGUAAAGAACGUUUUCGCCCUCUCCUGUAAAGUUACUAUUUUGGAGAUACUUGUUUUUCGUUGUACAGCGACAAUAUGGGGCCCACCGCCCUGCACUUUUUAGUGUCUUUCCUGCUCCCAACACACCUGAUCCAACUAAUCAGCUCAUUAACAGCCAAUUAUUGAGUUACUGUGGUUGUGUUAAAGCAGUAAAAGCACUAAAAUGUGUUGGACAGUGGGCCUCCAGAACCAGGAUUGAGAAACACUGUACUAAGGAAUACUACCCAGGUAUUGUAGAUUACUAUAAAACGGUACUAAAUGACUAUUACAUUGAAUUGAAGCAAACAUAUAAUAAUUACUAUAAAAGUAUAUACAGCACUAUAGCAAUCUUACAGUUUCUGAUAGUAUUUCUAUAGUUCUUUUUUGUAAGUGAUCUCGCCUCCUGCUUAUUUCCUAUGUAACUUAGAUGUCUGAAGCAAAACCAAGCGAAGACGAUCAUGACUGUAUAUAGUCUGUUUUGUGCAAUUGCAAACAUUUAAUUUAAUAUGAACAAUAAAAUCAUGCCACUAACACUUGUAUUCAGACUGCUUUGACACAUCUGAAAAUAUGGACUGAAACAGCAAUAAAUUCCAUGCAAUGAUCACAACCAUUUCUGCUGAUGCUUCCACAUUUCUGUCCUUUUUACUAGAGUAGGCUGUAAGUGUCUCGGUGCUAAAGCAGAGGUUCAUACCAUCU